AUGGCGAUGAUUAUUUCCCAACCCGCCCCCAGCGUGGUCAAGAUCACGCUGAACCGACCGCAACACCUAAACGCACUCAAUGUCCAGCUUCUCAGAGACUUGACUUGUGCGCUGCACACUCACGCCGAUGCACAUGUCAUCAUCCUAGAAGGCGCCGGAGAUCGGGCAUUCUGCGCUGGCGAGGACCUCAAGGAAACCCUGGCCCCCCAAACGGGAUCUGCAGAGGAACUUCGCAUCGCGUUCGGUCUGUUACAAGAUAUCACGCGGCUGACGGCUUCGUCGUCCGCUAUCGUCGUAGCUGCUGUCCAGGGUUAUGCGGUGGGUGGCGGAGCAGAGAUUGCCCUGGCUGCUGACUUCGUCGUUGGCGGCCCUAAUGCGAAGUUCAGAUUCCCUGAGGUGACGCUGGGCCAUGCUGUGACGGGCGGUAUUUCCCUGCGACUCUCUCAUAUGGUGGGUAUGCUGAAAGCUAAGGAGCUUCUCAUCCGCGGUACAACUAUAGAUGCCCCGGAGGCGCUGCGCAUCGGUCUACUGACUGAGAUUGCGGAAGAUCCCAAAGCUCGCGCUCACCAUCUGGCGUUGGAACUUGCCCAGCUACCGAAAGCUGCAUCGUCUAGUCUGAAGAUGUCCCUGGAGCGGGGGGUCUUCCCAAAUAUGGAGUCUGCUCUACAUGACGAGGUGAAUGCCGCCAGUUAUUGUUUCUCGCGAAUGGAGGCGGCCAACGCGUUCAAGAAUUUCGCCCAUAGGAAACAAACACCCCCCCAAAUCCGUGAUAUCAAUACUGCAUUGAGAACUGCCGUUCAGAACUAUCCUAACAGAGUGUUCAUCCGAUGUCAGGGCCAGGAUGUCACCUUCCAAGACUUUGAUCGCAGCGUGGCUGCACUCGCCAGCGGAUUGCGCGCAGCAGGAGCCCAAGCAGGCAACCGAGUGCUGGUCAUGAUGAAGAACAGUAUUGAGAUGGUUCACACCUGGAUGGCCACGAACCGGAUAGGCGCCGUUUGGGUCCCGGUAAACACCGACUGGCGGUCAUUGACGUUGAAGAAUGCCAUCGCUGCAGCAGAUGCAACACUGGCCAUCGUGGACAACCAAUUUGUUGACCUGGUUGAAGCGACAAGCGCCUUAAAUAGUGGAAAUAUCUGGACUCAUGGUAGCGGCAAUGCCCGAGAUCUGUCCAAGCUCUAUCUCAGCGAAAUGGUCCUGGAGUCCUUCGCCGCGACGCCGGCCACAACAUCGGCGUUCUUGUAUACCAGCGGGACAACGGGCAAGUCCAAGCCUUGUAUGCUCUCUCACGAGUACUUCAUCAUCCAGGCUACGCUUCUGAUAGAAAGCUGCAAGCUGCGAGCAGACGAUGUGCUCUACUGUCCCUUCCCAUUGUUCCACGCAGAUGCAACGGCACUUACCGUCAUUCCAGCCAUUCUCCUUGGUGCCACCGCCGCCCUGUCUCCCAAAUUCACGGCCAGCCGAUUCUGGGAUGAGAUUCGUGAGACCAAGGCAACGGUGUACGAUUUCAUGGGCGCCACUCUGGCCUUGAUCUACAAGCAGCCGCCGAGCCCGCGCGAUCGGGAGCAUCGCGUUCGCCUCGCUUGGGGUGUUCCCAUCCCGGCAUUUGCGGAUGAUUACCAGCAGCGGUUUGGCCAUCCCCUUCGUACCUUGUACGGUAGUGUAGAGGCUAGCAUUCCGAUCGUGCAGCAGGGUUCCCUCGUUCCUGGUUCCUGUGGCGUAUUGCGUCCAGGGUAUCAACUCCGCAUCGCGGGCGCGGAAGACGAGCCCCUGCCGUUUGACACCCCUGGUCAGUUGUUGCUGCGCAGUGAUAACCCGAACGCCUUUUUCCAAGGAUAUUUCAAUGACCCUGCCAAUACGGUCAGGACGUUUGCCAAUAUGUGGUUGCACACAGGCGACAUCGCCAAGAUGGAUAAACACGGCAAUGUCUACUUUGUUGGUCGUAUCAAGGAUAUCAUCCGAAGACGAGGCGAGAACAUCAAUGCCUUGGAGGUGGAGGAGGAGUUUCUGCUGCAUCCUGAGGUUGUCAUCGCUGCCGCGUUUGCGAUUCCUAGCGAACUAGGAGCUGGAACGGAGGAUGACCUCAAGGUUGUGGUUAAGUUGCGCAAUGGGAGCAAGACGGAUGAAACGUCCCUGUGGCAAUGGUCGCAGCAGCAUAUGGCGCGGAACCAGGUGCCCACGGUGAUUCAGAUUCUAGAAGAGCUGAAACAAACCCCGACUGGGAAGAUUGAGAAAGGCUCGCUGACGCCGAACGGCGGAAAAAGAUUUACAGCGCGUCUCGCUAGAUUGUAG